AUGAAAACCAGAUCCAAAGACGCAAAUUCCUUGUGGAAAUGGAAAGGAAACAUGAAGAGGAAAAAGAAAGACAAGCAAUUUCCAGUGUCAGAAUUCCUCCGUGAAAGCCGCCAGAAAGUGGAGGAGAACGUACUAGGCCCAGGCGGCGGUGCUGGGAUCGGUUGUGGCGUUGGAGUUGGUUUCGGCUUGGUUGGGGGAAUUGGGUAUGGUGGGUGGCCUUGGAACCAUUUGAAGCUUGCGUUUGGGGUUGGAGCUGGUUGUGGUAUUGGGUUUGGGUUCGGAUUUGGACAGGGUAUUGGUUAUGGUUUUAGUUUAGAAUCUUUGGAGUCCAACUUGUCUAAAGAUAGUUCCGAUUCCAACAGAAAAUUUUUGAUUUCUUAG